AUGUUUACAUGGGUAUUACACCCAAAUCAUUUAUUAUUCCAAAAGAAAAUAAGCUUAACAAAAUCAUUUAAUUUAUUCAUUCGGAACCAAGACUUUUUAAAUUCAAUAUUAAACAAAUCAAAGAGAUUUUCAACAUAUCGUAUAUUACCAUAUAAAAAGAGUCUUAUAUUUUCUGUCAUUUCGGAUAUUGAUUCCUAUUCAGCCUUUUUACCGUAUUGCUUAGCUUCAAAAGUAACUAAACGUGAUAAAAAUGGUUUACCACAAACAGCCGAUUUAAGAAUUGGUUGGAAAAGCUAUGAUGAAAUAUUUAGUAGCAAAAUAAGUUAUAUUUCACAUGAUUAUAUAAUAGCAAAUGCUUCUAAUCAUCAACUUUUUCAAAAAUUACAAGCUACGUGGUCUUUAAAGGAUAUACAAACAACAGAGAAAUUAGAAAAGAAAACAAAAAUAUCUCUUAUUCUAGAUUUUAGAUUUUCUAAUCCUUUAUAUACUAUAAUUAGCAUGGCAGCAAUGCCAAGAAUUUCCAGUCUUAUAAUUACUGCAUUUGAAAAUAGAAUUAAACAAAUUGAAAAAAUAAAUUAAGUUUUUUUUCAAAUAAAAAAUAUACAAAAAUUUA